ACACAAAACCUUCUUCCAUGUCCCAAAAUUAGGGGUUAAAAAAAAAAAUAAAUAGAAAAACCUCACUAUCCCCCAACAUAAUGGCUACCAUCUCCACAUGCCUUACUGUCACACCUCAUUCCCGCGUCUUCUCUCACUCCCGCAGUCCGCCCAGGAGCCCGGGCCCCUUUCUGCAAAGCCCGGGCUUCCUCCGGGCAGUCCCAAGGAGGCCUAGGGUUUCGGUGCCCGCUGUGAGGGCGGGCAUCGAUGUAGGCCGGGUUAUCCGUCCCGGCGGAGCUGUGGAGACCGAUAAGCUGCCGUCGGAUGUGAGGAAGCGGACGAUGGAGGCAGUUGACGCGUGUGGCGGGAGGGUGACAGUUGGUGACGUGGCGAGCAGGGCUGGACUAAAGUUGAAUGAGGCUCAGAAGGCUCUGCAAGCUCUUGCCGCUGAUACAGAUGGGUUCUUAGAGGUUUCUGAGGAAGGUGACAUUCUGUAUGUGUUUCCGAAAGAUUAUCGAUCAAAGCUUGGUGCCAAGUCGUUUAGGAUUAAAGCUGAACCCCUUUUUGAAAAGGCUAAGGCUGCAGGAGAAUACUUGAUAAGGGUUUCUUUUGGUACAGCAUUAAUUGCAUCCAUUGUUAUUGUUUACACAACAAUAAUUGCUCUGGUUACUAGUAGCAGAAGUGAAGAGGACAAUCGUGGAAGACGAGGCAGAUCAUAUGAUUCAGGAUUUACCUUCUACUUUAAUCCAGUAGACUUAUUUUGGUACUGGGAUCCAUAUUACUAUAGGAGGCGAAGGAUACAAGCUGAUGAUGAGAAGAUGAACUUCAUUGAAUCGGUAUUCUCCUUUGUAUUUGGAGAUGGUGAUCCCAAUCAAGGAAUUGAAGAAGAGAGAUGGAAGUUGAUUGGGCAGUAUAUAUCAUCUAAUGGUGGUGUUGUUGCAGCCGAAGAACUUGCUCCAUAUCUUGAUAUAGAUUCUGUGCAGGGACUUCAGGAUGAUGAAUCAUAUAUCUUACCUGUGCUUUUACGUUUUGAUGGUCAGCCUGAAGUUGAUGAGAAGGGAAAUAUCGUAUAUAGGUUCCCAUCUCUACAGAGGACAGCUUCUCAAAAGGGUAAGCGGAAAGAAUAUGUUGGUAGAAAAUGGGCAGAUUGGGUUGGAGGAGUUGAGAAGUUUUUCAAGGAAAAAACAUGGCAAUUCAGUAAAACAAGCACAUCAGAGAGAGCAAUGGUUAUUGGCCUGGGUGGCUUUAAUCUGUUUGGAGUUAUUAUUCUUGGAACCAUGCUGAAAGAUAUGACAGUUGCACCUAGUAGCUUCAUUAAAUUUGUGGCAGACAUCUUUCCGCUUCUUCAGAUUUAUGCUGGUUCCUUCUUUGCGAUUCCCCUUGUCCGAUGGUUUUUUAUUAGGAAGAGGAAUGCUGACAUUGAAAAGAGAAAUAAAAUUAGGAAGCAGUGUGCAAAAGUACUCGAAUUACCUGACCCUUCCCUGAGACAGAAGCUUUUCAGUGCUAGGGACAUGGCCCAAAAGACAGUCAUAGGACAGGAUCAAAUUGUGUAUAGCACUGACAAGGAUUUACUAGAGCAAGAGUACGAGGCUCGUGAAUGGGAUAGAAAAUUUCGGGAGCUAGAGAGAUCCGAUUAAGAUAAGAUCAACUGUAAACAGUUAUAUUGAAAUUUCAGGCCAUUGAAGCUCACAUUUUGGCAUUCAUGAAUUACCAAUUGUAGCACAGCAUCUAUAAUUCUGCCUUUUGUGGAACGAUUUGAUGCGCUCCCUGAUGAAAUAGCAUUUUUUCUAUGGUGGUCACUACAAGAUAUGGCAAAGAACUCAUGAAAUCUGCUAUGAUGAUAUUGCCUCCUUUUGCUGCUUUAUUCACCAUUUCAUUUCAUAAUUUGAUUGGUGAACUAUACAAGGGGAAACUGCGAAGGGUUUUAAUUAGGGGAAACGUAAAUUAAAAUAAGCGUGUCCUUUGUAUUAUGUGAAUAUAUUUAUUUUAUACGUCAGAGUUGACGUUUAUUGGUGUGUCCAGUUACAACAUAAUCAACUUGUAUUAUAAUGAAGAACUUAAUUCAAAAGGUAGGUGGCAAGAUUGAGAAGAACACUAUCAUAGGUACAAUGGUUUAUGGUUUCACAAUUGACCUUU